AUGCAAGUUGUGAUGCCUACGCUUGUUACUCUUGCCGCCUCACUUCCUCAAUUCCAACGUCCUGUUGCUGCAACCAAUAUACCCAAAACUCCUGAUCCAGCCAUUGCUUAUGAUAAAGAAGCUCUUGAUAGAGCCCAGUCUUACUUGAUGGAAAGAAUGUAUCUGCUCAACGAAGUGUCUGCCCGUAUAAAAGCACGAGCAUGUCUUUUGGGAGGAGAUAAUGUGGAUGUUCAAGCUUUGAAGGAGACCUUGAAGUCUUUGGAUCACGUGGCCAGUCAAGAUGGUGCAGGUCUUGGUAAUUGA